AGAAGGGGAGCUGCUUGGAGCCCGUACUUCCCAGAGCCAGCCAGGAGCGCGCACUCAGCGGCUCUCCGGGUCCCAGCCGCGCCCCGCUGCCCCGCACCUCCUUCUCCUGCUCCUCUCCGGGUACCCCUCACCCCCUCCCUCCAGCAGCUGCUACGCUCGGGCAGCGGCCGCCCCCGGCCCCUACUCGGCCACAUCCCCAACUCUCUGGGCUCACUCCUGGGACGCGCGUCCUCGCCCCAUCCUUUCUUCCUUCCUCCCCUCGCGCCCGCCCGCCCUCUCCAGGUCUCCCUCUCGGGUCCCGAUUGUCUCCGUCCCCUUCUCGGUCCGCCGGCGCCUCGCCCUGCCCCGUCUCUCCCUCGCACUUCCUGAGUCGCCCGCCGCCGCUGUCUCGCCGCGCCGCGGGAGCCCGAGCCCGAGCCGAGCCGAGCCGCCGCUGCCCCGGCUCCAGCCCCCGCAGCGCCCGGGAAAGGGAAAAGUGGGCGAGCGCGCCCUCGCCCAGCCCCGCGCCCCAGCCCUGCCCGGCGAGGAAGGACCGGGAAGAUGAACAACGGCAGCAAAGCCGAGAAGGAGAACACCCCGAACGAGGCCAACCUUCAGGAGGAAGAGGUCCGGACUCUCUUUGUCAGUGGUCUCCCUCUGGAUAUCAAACCUCGGGAGCUGUAUCUGCUUUUCAGACCAUUUAAGGGCUACGAGGGUUCUCUUAUAAAGCUCACAUCUAAGCAGCCCGUAGGUUUUGUCAGUUUUGACAGUCGCUCAGAAGCAGAAGCUGCAAAGAAUGCUUUGAAUGGCAUCCGCUUCGAUCCUGAAAUUCCACAAACACUACGACUAGAGUUUGCUAAGGCAAACACGAAGAUGGCCAAGAACAAACUAGUAGGGACUCCAAACCCUAGUACUCCUCUGCCCAACACUGUACCUCAGUUCAUUGCCAGAGAGCCAUAUGAGCUCACAGUGCCUGCACUUUACCCCAGUAGCCCUGAAGUGUGGGCCCCGUACCCUCUGUACCCAGCGGAGCUAGCGCCUGCUCUACCUCCUGCUUUCACCUACCCCGCCUCACUGCAUGCCCAGAUGCGCUGGCUCCCUCCCUCCGAGGCUACUUCUCAGGGCUGGAAGUCCCGUCAGUUCUGCUGAAUCCCAUGUUCCAGGUGUGUGAUGGUGGCUGCAAUCUGUCUUGUGGGUAUUAACGCAAUCUUCAAGUGGCUCCUGUUCUCGAGCUGUUCUACAAAACUGGAGCGCGCUGGCUGGAACCCGCCCAGUUUUGGUCCCUUCAAGACUCUGCCACAGCCUCUAUCACACAUCUGUUUUUCUCGAAGAAAAAAAUACAAUAAAAAUGUUUUACUCUUUUACACUGUAUAAUUUGUAAGAAACCGUGUUAUUUGUGAACGCAUGGUCUGCCAUUUCUGUACAGUUUGGAGAUAUUUUCGAAUGAAACAUAAAAGAUGUCAACGAUAAAAUCAAGAGAGUGAGUAUUUUUAUACCAAACAUUUUAAGUAUGACAGGAUGGAUGAUCUUACACUGGGCUGGAUCACAGAUUUUGUGCUUGACUUUUGAAUGCUUGUAAUUUAAAAUAUCUAUUUUUUUCCUCUAAAAGAAGCUGCAUGUUUAAGGCAUGUUUUUAAAUAUUAUCAAAAUUUCCAGAAUCAUAUGGUGAAUGUAUAGAAAUCUGUUUCCCUGGCCUGAGUCCACGAGUAACGCAGCGUUAGAUGUUAGAACUGCUAGUGCAGUACUCGGGGCUUACUUCCAGGUCUAGUAGGACACCCUGCAAGACAAUCAAAGGCCUCCAGGAGCUUCUAUCCUAACGGCGGCAGGUUCCCAGCGGGGCAAAGCAGCCUUUCCUUGGAGCACAUUCCUCACUUAGAAGAGCCCGGCAGCUCCCGAGGUAACUAUACAAACUGUGGGCCGAGUGUUGGGUUUUGCCGUUUUCUUAUGUUUUUCUUCUACCAGCACGCUCCUGUGUGUGCCCAGCUGACACGCGACUCCCCCGGUGAACGUGCUGAGUCUAAGGGGAAGCCUUGGCUUGGGAGGCCAGCCUGGGCCCAGGAGGCAGCCACCUUUGCCCGGCCCACCUGGCUGCAAUGGGCAGCUCCCAUCUCCCAAGUGAUUUUGCAAAACAUGGGUUGAACUGAGCUGGUGUUCCUGAGCCUUGGCAGCAGCAGGCCAGACACACCACUUAAAACAUGAUCUUGAAUCCCAUGUGCUCACCGUGACACUACCUGGCGUCUGGAAUGAGUACUCAUCAGUUUGCUUCAAGACUCCGUCAAAGCCGGUCAGUCUAGCGUGGUAAGCCGACACUUCCAGAGUCUGUGGCAGCUCACUCUCCCCCUUGUUGGAGAAGAGCCGGCUGUAAAAAUACAUUGACCUAAGAAUUUUUAACUGCUGAUAUAGCUAAACAUGACCACAAGCUUUCUUACUGAUCUGCUCACGCUGUGCUGAAGAUUUCGAUGUUUUAAUGACUAUAGUAUAUAUACAUGGUUGGUGUCAGGUUUUCUAGUUUCAUUAUUUUCCAUCAGAAGUAAAGAGAUCAACACACUUUUAGAAGCUCAUCACAAAAAAAACGAAAGGAGCCGGGGGUGAGGGGCACUCACCCUCACAAUAAAUGACAGGAAGGAACGUCCCUGCCACACCCAAGCCCUGCUUAGGCCUUCAUCGCCUCCUGGUUCGUGGUGACAGUUCUGUACUCUUGUUUCUAAGGAAAACAGCAAC